AUGUCUGAGGAAAAGCCCAAGGAAUUCAAUCUGCACGUUUGCACCGCUCGCAUCCCACAUGAUGCACCAUCGUCAAAUACGCUACCCACAGAGGGCGGGCCAGACCGGCUUGCCAUGCCCACGGAGACAUUCUGGCGAAAUGGGAAAAAGCUUCGCGUCAAGCUUCUCCCUGGCGCCAGCAAGAAGAUCCAGGACAAGGUCAAAUAUUACGCUCAGCAGUGGGAGCAGUAUGCAAACAUUGACUUCAGGUUCGUUGACGAUGAUGAUGCCGAAAUCCGGGUUGCUUUCAAACAGGGUGAUGGAUCUUGGUCCGGCAUUGGCACGGGAAUUUUGAACAAGAAUUGGUUCCCACCGGGGAAGCCAACCAUGAACUUCGGUUGGUUCACCGACGAGACCCGGGAUACAGAGUUCUCCCGAGUGGUGAUCCACGAGUUUGGCCACGCCCUGGGUUGUAUCCACGAGCAUCAAAACCCCAACGUGACGCUCAAUUGGGACAAAAACGAGGUGUAUGAAUACUUCAGGGGACCGCCAAACAACUGGUCGGAUGCCGAGAUCGAGACCAACAUCUUCAAGAAGUACGUAGCGGCCACCACCAAAGCUACGGCCUUUGAUGAAAAGUCCAUCAUGCUCUACAUGUUUGACGGUGCCUUGUUUACCGACAAAAAGGGCACACCGAACAAUGUGGUCCUCUCGAGCAUGGACAAGCAGUUUAUCGGCAAGAUGUAUCCGUUCCAGCUGCGUUCGUCCGGCUCUUGGAGCACGACAGAGCAGAGGGAAUGGUUCCCACCAGCAGCCCUCAACUCCAAACAAAUCGUUUUCGACAGUCCAUAUGCGACCGCGCCAAAGAUUGCCGUCGGCCUCAACGAGCUCGAAGUUGGCGAGGCCGCCAAUCUGAGGGUGAAGGUUUCAACGAGUCCGCCUACCACGGACGGCUUCGUCGUGAAUGUGGAUGCAUGGGGAGAUACCGCGCUUUAUUCUGGCGGGGCAACAUGGGUGGAGUUUGAGGACAGUGAUACCGAUUAUCGAACUGAUAUCUAUAGCGUCAGCGAGCAGUCGAGUACGAAUACCGAACACAUCACAUUCGACCCUCCAUAUGAAGAAGACCCAGAGGUCGUGGUUUGGCUGUCCGGAUUGGAGAUGAGCAAAGACCGCAAUACCCGCGUCAAAGCCUAUGCCGACAAUGUCACCAAGGAUGGCUUCGACAUCCACAUCGACACUUGGGCCGACAGCAUUCUGGAGAACGCCAAGGCCACUUGGAUGGCGUAUCCGAAGUCCAAGGAGGGUGUGACCAGUGGUGUGGACGACACCGACAACUAUCGCACCUGGUCCCCAGCCCAGGCCGAGAAUGGGCGCAAGGUCUCGUUCGGCGCUGACUUUGACAGACCACCGAAAGUCUACCUCGCCGUGAACAGGCUGGACUUCGACAAUGCCACAAACGUCCGAUUCAAGGCCACCGCCACCAAAGUGAAUGAAAACGGGUUCCAGUGGAAUUUCAACUCGUGGGCUGAUACUUUGUGCUAUGGUGCUGGCGUUAGUUGGAUUGCUUUUGGCUGA